AUUGCGAUGUGUAUUGCGUAGAAAACUAGAGAAAAUGAAAGCUAAAUUCUGAACCGAAACCGCUUGACUUUCGAUGAAACACAGUCAACACACACUGGAAAGAAAAGCUCAACGACAGAGGAACCAAGACAUAAUAUAUGACACAAAGACGCUUUGGUGAAAAUCUGUGCGGUUUGCGUGGCCGUAUGUCAGAUGAAAUCUUAACAACGGAUAAAUAUAACGUGCAUUUUUCGGUGCGCUCUGUAUAGCAUCAUGUAUUGCUUCCAAAAGACGUCAAACACCUUUUGAUUCCCUCGUUAAACGCGCUUCGCAGUUCAAAAUAAAUAUCGGAAUUGUUUUCAAUUUUGUUAAUUUUGUUAUGUGUGAGUGUGUGUGUUAAUUAUAACAUAAAAACAAAAAGUGUGAUCUAAAAAUAGGCAUAAGGCAAAUGCAACCUAUGUAUGUAGUCAUAGCCGAAUGAAACAAGACAACAACAACAACAACAACAAAAAUAUACCAGACAUCAAAACAAUAACAAACAAAUUGCGAUUCAAAUUUCACCUGAUUUCCCAACGACAUAGCACAGCACUGCGCUUUCUGCUAUGAAUCGGUGAUCCAGUCAACCGGAAGCGAUUUCAUAUCAUCUGGUGAGCACCUGGACCUAUUUCAAUGUUGAGUGAAGGAUUUGAGAAGCAUUGCCACAAAUACGCUGAAAAUUACGGUGAUGACUGAUGACGAAUGUAUGCAAAAAAAAACAAAUACAUUCAACCGAAUUGAACAGCCGAAACAAGUAAAUGCCAACGAGUCGGGAGAGAUAAGUAUCGUAUCAGGUUCAACAAGAAACAAACGAACGAAACAGCAGCGCGGUAGCAGCGCAAAAAAAAAAUCCGGCUGAACCAAUGCGUUAAACUAGACGACCGACUAGUAGCACAGCGAAGAGAGAAAACCAGAGAGUGAGUGAGUGUAGUAAUUACGAUGACGACGGUCCAACAACGAAGCAAUCAACAUAAGGAUAAUACCAUAAAAAAUUCAUUUUUAAAUACGCAUCGAUUGAAUUACCGCUUAGUUUGACAUUCAAUUUGUUUUAUCGAUUAUCUAACCGUUGAACCGAAGAGAGAAAAUAAAAAUUGAAUGAUCAUCAUUCGGUUUCACGUAUGAACGAAUAGAACGAACCGAUACCGAGUGUGAAUAGAACUGAAACAUAUAAUCAAACAAGAGAAUAAAAAAAAGAGAUGAGAUAAAGAGAAAGACACUUAGUAUAUAUAUACUCUCGUGGCAUAUUGAAAAAAGAAGAAACCGAAUAACAACAAAGUAAUACACCAAAGCCUAAGUCAAUUUUAAGGGAAAAAACGCUUCAGCGUGCUGCACCAGCAACACAAACGAUGAAUAACAACAACUACAAGAAAAAAAGAAGAACGAGACACACUUAAACGACUAAAAAUAACCAUAUAAACCACCACACAAAAAUCAUAGUGAUAUUCGUGAACGAAAAUAAUUUUCAAAGAAGCGACGAAGAGCAAAUAAAACGGUGAUAGAUUGUUUGAGUAAGAGAGAAAAAUAAACGACGACAACGACGGCAGCGGCGGUAGCAGCAGCAGUACCAGCACCAGCAACAGAAAUAAAAGGAUUGAACAGGAGAGAGACAGACAAUAUCGUGUAGAGAUAUAUAAGUUGAAAUACACAUACAACACAAACCGAAGGAAACCGAAACAGGAACACACCAAUUUAAAAAGAUAUUAAGAUAUAUAUUUAUUAUAGUAACUUAAAAUGAGCGGAAGAGAGAACAAGUUUCCAGUAACAUCUGGCGCCAUGGGGCGACUAAUGAACAAAAUCAAACGGACGGUGUCGGAGGCGGAUGAGAAACGUGAUCCAUUGCAAAGAGGCUAUUCGCGUGUCGAAACAGCCGACGGAUCACUAUCCAAUUCGUCGACAUCGACCAGUUUGGAUACGGUGGUCGUCGAGAGUGCCAAAGACAGUACACUUCUAUCGGGUGGCACAAAAUCUGGAGCUGACCAACAGCAAAAUACUCGAGUACCAUUCAGCCCAAUCCUCGAAACUGAAGACGUUGAAAGUGUGUCCGCCUUGAAUAAUCUUAGCAUAACUAGUAAUAGUAGUACAUUAAAAACAUUUGAAAAUCCGCUACUAUCGAAUCUAAAGAAAUCAUCCGCCUCAUCGAAACCAUCGUUAAAAGGAUCCAAAGUAUCAUUCGAGCAGCCCGACAUCGACAGCGAUGACAGUUUUGAAGAUCGUCGUGGCCAUUUCCAACAGAAAAAAUCACUAAGCACAUCAGUUACAGAUCGAAAGGGUAUACUAAAGGAUCUCAAGAAUUCGAGGCUUGAUGCUGAUCGGCGUGCGUUCCAAUCGAAGAAACACGUUUCGUUAGACAUAAAAAAUUCGAAAAUUCUUGAGAGAAUUUUGAAUGGUAGCUCAUCAGAGGAGGAGUUCACAAACAAUCGAAAGCACUUCCAAUCGCGUAAACAUCAAAGUUUAGACGCACGUGUCAAGCUAAAUUUGAACAAAGGCCGACGAGCCGAUUCCAGCGACGAGGAUAUCGAUGAAAAAGGCAAUUUACUGCAAGAGCGUAUCUACGAUUUUAGCAAGCCAAUUGUCAUCGAUUUUAAGGAUUUAGAAGCGAGCGAAGACGACGAAGAAGACGAAGAAGAAGUGGACGAAGAACAACAGGACAAAGAAGACUUUGAAUCGGCACGAUCAAACUUCCAAAAACAAAAAACGAUCAGUCUUGAAUCAAGGAAAAGUAUACGAUUUUUCGAAAUGGAUGACAUGUCCGGCAGAAAGGGUGAAAACAUCCGACAGGCUGUACCAUUUGUGCGUCAAAUCACCCAAGAUGGCAAACCAAAGUUGGAAGUUUAUCGAACAACCACAAAUCCCAUUUACUAUUAUUCUCAAGUUUUAGCUGCUUUAUCAGUGUCCAUGGGAUCACUGGUCGUUGGUUUUUCAUCUGGAUAUACUUCGCCUGCCUUGCCAUCCAUGCAAAAUCCAAAUGUAUCAAAUUAUCACAAAGUUUUCGACAUUAGUGAGGACCAAGCUUCAUGGGCCGGUGGAAUUAUGCCAUUGGCUGGUUUAGCUGGUGGCAUUGCUGGUGGGCCACUUAUUGAAUUUCUUGGACGAAAAACCACCAUUCUUGCCACAUCCGUUCCAUUCGUCGUUGCGUGGCUAUUGAUCGCUAGUGCAGUUGAAGUUUGGAUGGUUCUUGCUGGUCGUGCCUUGUCUGGUUUCUGUGUUGGCAUUGCAUCACUGUCGCUGCCCGUUUACUUGGGCGAAACGGUGCAAGCUGAAGUACGUGGUACACUUGGCCUAUUGCCAACUGCCUUCGGUAAUAUUGGUAUACUGUUGUGUUUUGUGGCUGGACGAUACAUGAAUUGGUCACAGUUAGCCUACCUUGGUGGUACAUUGCCGAUACCAUUUUUGUUGCUAAUGUUAAUCAUCCCCGAAACGCCACGUUGGUACGUUUCGCGCGGUAAAGACGAGCAGGCUCGUAAAGCAUUGCAAUGGUUGCGUGGCAAACAGGCUGACGUUGAACCAGAACUGAAGGGUAUCAUUAAAACGCACACCGAUUCCGAGCGACACUCAUCAAGCAAUGGAAUUAUGCAAUUGUUGCGACGAAACAAUCUGAAACCGCUCGGUGUUUCGCUGGGUUUGAUGUUCUUCCAACAGUUCAGCGGUAUAAAUGCUGUAAUAUUUUAUGCUGAGAAGAUUUUCAUUUGGGCCGGUUCGACACUGGAGGGAAGCAUUUGUGUCAUUAUUGUGGGUAUUGUCAAUUUUGCCGCUACCUUCGUUGCAACCGUCCUCAUUGAUCGUCUUGGCAGAAAAAUUCUACUGUACAUUUCAUCUGUUGGCAUGACAUUGACAUUGGCCUCGUUGGCCGGUUACUUUUAUCUGAAGGAAGUCUCUAAUUACGAUGUAACGCAGAUUGGUUGGUUGCCAUUGGGUAGUUUGAUGAUAUUUGUGACGAGCUUUAGUUUGGGUUUUGGACCAAUUCCAUGGUUGAUGAUGGGUGAAAUUUUACCCGCCAAAAUUCGUGGUACAGCUGCAUCGGUUGCAACCGGUUUCAAUUGGUCGUGCACAUUUAUUGUGACAAAAACAUUUGCCGAUCUCAUAAAGGCAUUUGGUUUGUUCGGUCUUUUCAUGAUUUUUUCCACAAUCUGUUUGAUCGGUCUGUUCUUUGUCAUAUUCAAAGUGCCUGAAACGCAAGGCAAGAGCUUGGAAGAUAUUGAACGCAAAAUGAUGGGACGCAUCCGUAGAAUGUCAUCGGUAGCCAAUAUUCGACCACUUUCAUUCAAUUUAUGAGGAAAAUUACCGCAAUCUACUAUUGUUAAAUUCAUAAAAUUGUUAAAAUACUUGAUGUGACGGUGUAAAAAUGAACCAACAUAUGCAAAAUUUGUGUAAAAUGACCACAACAAAACAAAUCGUUGUUGGCACAAAAAAGCAAAAAAAAAACAAAAUCAAAACACUACUUUUAUUGUAUGUAACAUUUAGAGAUUAGUAAUGUAAUAUAUAGAGUUAUGAUUGUUAUGAUUUUAGAUAAAUGAAAUGUAACAGGAGAUGAAGAAGGAGUAAAAUAAAAUAAUGGAUUUAGGCAAUAAAUAGACAAAUCUCUUUGUUCAAACACAAAUGAACGAUGCUAAUGACAAACAGAAAAAAAACAACAAAAAAACGUGUUAUAGCUAGUAAGCCAUAUAUAUAAUGUGUAAGUUCUGAAUAAGAAACUGUGAAAAAUUCAA